AUGGCUGAUAAUUUAUAUGAUUCAUCGAUUAUCGAAAAGCAACUCAAAGAAAAGAUUGAAAAUGCGUUAUCAAUUCAUUCUUACCCCACAGCAAUAUUCUUUUCCGAUAAGUUAUUAAACUUAGUAACAAUUCAUUCUAAAGAAUAUGUUAAAAUUUUAUAUAUUUUAUGUGAUGCACUUUACCUGGAUAGACAAUUUCAAAGAUCAUCAUAUUUAAUUCAAAAGUAUUUAAAUGCCAUUGAAGAAAUUGAUAAAAAGGGUGAAGAUUAUCAAUACAUUGAUGAUAUUCAUAGUCACCAUCAUAAUCAACAACAAAACAUUUUUUAUAAAAGAAUUAAAAAGGAGAAAGAAGAUGAACAAUAUACAAAUACAAUUUUAAAAUUGAAAUAUUUAGCAGCAAAAUGUAAAAUUGAAACAAACGAAUUUGAUCAAUGUUUACAAAUUUUAAAUAAAGAUAAUGAUUCUAGUGAAAAUAUGGAUGAUGAAAAUAAUAAUAUUAAUAAUAAUAAUAAUAAAAUAAAAAAAGAGAAUGAAAUCAAUAAUGACAAUUGCGAUGAUGAUGAUGAUGAUGAUGAUGAUGAUGAUGAUGAUGAUGACGAUGAAAAAGAUUCAAAUCAAUUAUUAAAAUUCUAUACCAAUAGUAAAUCAAAUAAAUCAAAAGAUAUUUCUGAAAAUAAUAGUAAUAAUGAAAAUACUACUAAAGAAUCAAUAAAUAAAAACAAUACAGAUAGUUCCUCUAUUGAUAAUAAAAAUAAUAAUAAAAAUAAUAACAAUAAUAAUAAUAAUAAUAAUAAUAAUAAUAAUAAUAAUAAUAAUAAUAAUAAUAAUAAUAAUAAUAAUAAUAAUAAUAAUAAUAAUAAUAAUAAUAAUAAUAAUUUUAAUAAAGAAACAUUAAUUAUUAGAUCAAGUAUAUCGUGUUUAAAAGGAAAGUGUUAUGAAUCAAUGGAUAAUUUAAAGAAAGCUAAAUUUUGGUAUAUUAAAGCCCUAUUAACAGAUUAUAAUUGUUUUGAAGCAUUUGAAUCUUUAACUAAAAAUCAUUUAUUAACAUAUCAAGAAGAGAUUUCCUUAUUAGAGAAAUUAAAAUUCUCAAGUGAUGAUUCAUGGAUUAAAGAAAUUUAUUCACUUUCUUUAAAAAAGUAUGACAGUCCUAAAUUUACAUUCAAUUAUAAAUAUUUAGAACUAUAUGAUUCUUUAAAUCACCAAAAUAGUAAUAACAACACAUUUGGUGCUAAUAAUAAUAAUAAUAAUAAUAAUAAUAAUAAUAAUAAUAAUAAUAAUAAUAAUAAUAAUAAUAGUAAUAAUGAUAUAUCAACAGAAGAUUUAAUUAGUGUAAAAACAUUAUCAUCAUCAUCAUCAUCACCAUCAAAGAAACAAGAAAAUAAUAAUUUAAUAACAAUUAAUGAAAUUAGAAAGAAAUUAAUUGAAUGUAAUGAUAUACAAACAUGGAUAUCAGAAUAUUAUUUUUAUAGACACCAAUUUCAAGAGAGUUAUUCAAUUACAAAGAGAAUUUUAAAACAAGAUAAAUAUUAUUCUAAUCAAAUUUGUUUGAUGGUAAAUAUCUCAUCAAUGUUUGAAUUACAAUUAACUAAUGAACUUUAUUUCACCUGUCAUCAAUUAGUUGAUAGUUUUACUUCAUCAUUGAAUAAUGGUUCACAUGGUGGUUCACAUGGCGGUGGUGGUGGUGGUUCACAUGGCGGUAGUAGUGGUAAUGGUGGUGCUAUCUCUUGGUAUGGCGUAGCAUGUUAUUAUCAUUUAAUUCAAAAUUCAGAUCAAACUCAAAGAUUCUUUACGAAAUCAACAACAUUAGAUAGUAGAAUGGGUGCAUCUUGGUUAGGAUUUGGACAUUUCUUUGCAAGUAAAGGUGAACAUGAUCAAGCUAUGGCUGCUUAUAGAACUUCUUCAAGAUUAUUAACAGGUUGUCAUUUACCACUAUUAUGUAUUGGUAUGGAAUUGAUUAGAGUACAUAAUUUAAAUUUAGCAUCACAAUAUAUCUUACAAGCCAAAGAUAUCUGUCCUUAUGAUCCAAUGAUUUUCAAUGAAUUGGGUAUCAUUGAAUAUAAGAAUUCACAAUAUAAUGAAGCUAUUAAAUUAUUUGAAACUGCUUUAGAAAUUUGUAAAAUUAAAAGUAAAGCCUCCUCUUCUUCUUCAUCAUCUUCAAAUUAUCAUAAUUUAAAUUUAUCAAAUAUUAGUUUUAGUGGCGUAGGUAGUAGUGGUAUUGGCAAUAAUAAUAAUAAUAAUAAUAAUAGAAGAACCACUACCACUACAACAACUACUUCAAAUAAUCAAAAGAAGAAUAGUAGUAAUAAUAAAACUAUGAUAGCAUAUUUAGAAUCAUGGGAACCAACAAUUUAUAAUUUAGCCCAUUGUUAUAGAAAAUUAAGAAAGUUUGAAUUAGCAUUACACUAUUAUACAAUGUCAUUAUCAUUAUUACCAAAUAAUCCUUCCACUUAUAGUGCUUUGGGUUUCACUCAUCACCUUCAAGGUAAUUUCGACGAAGCAAUCGAUUACUAUCAUCAAAGUUUAUCAAUUAGGGAUGAUACUUUUACAAAUGUACUUUUACAUAAAGCUUUAUCUUUAUCUAUUUUACAAUAUGAUUAA